AGAGACAAGGAGACGUUAAGGAAACAAAUGCUUGAGCUUUGACGGCAAUGAGAGUGACAGCCGGAGAAACGUCAAGCAGGAGCGUGGAACAUAAAAUCUGUGAAACAAAAACGUUUUCGUAAAACAUGAAGAUGAGAAGUGGGCAGAAGGCACUCCGAGGAAAGAGCAAAGCACUCGGGGUCGAGCAAGCACGGCGCAGAGCAGGGAGCGGGGAGUCACCAGGGGUUAGAGAUUAAAAUCGACAAUAUCGCAGGUACAAUUACAAUGCAAAUGGUAGCCAGAUGCAGGAAGGAAAUCUCUAAAGAAAAAGGGAACCAUUUUUUUUUUUAAUGGAAUAUCGCUUGGGCAACAACAAAAUAAAAACACACGGGAAGGAACGAAGGAAGGAAGCGGGAGGGGUGGACGAGAGAGCUUUAGCGAUCGCGAGCAGAAGGAAUGUACAAGAGAGCGAGCACACAGAGAGGGAGCGGCUGCCAUGGAAACUGAGGAGGAGGAGGGGUGCGGUGCGGUGCUCAAAUGCACGGGCACGGAGGAGCUAGAACACACGCGGCAUCGCGGGCGUCGCUGAGCGGUCGGCGAGAAAGGGCGGUGGUGGCGGUGGUGGUGGUGGUGGGGGGGAGCUCCGCUCGAGGCUCGACCGGAGUGCCCUACAGACGUCCUCGUGCCGGGCGAUGAAGCCGAGUCGCGGGCUCACCGCGUCGAGGAUGCACCACGGGUAGCGCUGGCGGGGCACGUGCAGUCCGAUUGCCGGCUCACCCCACAGCUGGCGUCAAAGCCUUUGCUCGAGCAAGCGCUAGCGAAGACUCAUGGGUGUAUGGCCACCUCUUUCACGUUGGCCUGACAUCUUGGAAGAGGAGCGCUAACGUUAUUCAGUGACCGAAACAAGAAAAAACCUCCCUCUCUUCCUCUGCGAAGCGAUGGACCCCGGGAGUUGUCUUCAUCUCAGCUCAACCUCAUAUCCGCCCAUACUGGAAACACGUUGACAUUCUCUUUAGCGGGGCAGUGGAGAAUAUUUACACGGCCCAGCCAUGGAGCCGCUCAGGGGCAACCCCGGUCAGCCGCGAAUCAACAUCAUCACUCGGCUGCAAACCGAGCGACCUCCAGUUGACACACCGUGGGACCCCAAUUCCACCAGCGGCCUGGACGGUGCCACGACGUUGGAACCACUCGAGGAAAACUUGAACUGUAGCGGGAACUUCUUGGACAUGGAGUGUUUCAUGAUCCUGACCAGGGACCAGCAGACGGCAAUCGGCGUGCUUUCGCUCACUAUGGGAAUCUUUACCGUGCUCGAGAACGCCCUGGUCCUCUUCAUCAUCUUCCGCACGCGGAGCCUUCGCAGGAAGCCCUCGUACCUCUUCCUGGGCAGCGUGGCCUUCUCGGACCUGCUCUCCAGCAUCGUGUUCGUGUACAGCUUCACGGACUUCCACGUCUUUCACCGCAAGGACACGCAGAACGUCUUCUUGUUCAAGCUGGGCGGCGUCACGGCAUCGUUCACCGCCUCCGUCUGCAGCCUCUUCCUCACCGCCAUCGACCGCUACAUCUCCAUCCACCAGCCGCUGUCCUACAGGACCAUCGUGACGCGCGUCAGGGCCGUGACGGCGCUGAGCGUCAUGUGGACGAUAGCGCUGUUGACCGGCGCCCUGCCGCUCAUGGGCUGGAAUUGCCGGCAGCUGCACUCCAAGUGCUCGGACAUCUUCCCGCACAUCGACAAGAUGUACCUGCUCUCGUUCAUCAGCCUGGUGACCUUCCUGCUCGUCGUCAUCAUCUACGCGUACGGCUUCAUCCUGUGGAAGGCGCACCGCCACACCACCAACAUGAUCAGGCGGGCCUCCACCAAGAUGAGCCGCGUGUCCGUGACGGAGAGGCGCAAGGUGGAGCAGCACCGCAUGGACAUCCGCCUGGCCAAGACGCUGGUCCUCAUCCUGGUCGCGCUCAUCAUCUGCUGGGGGCCCGUGCUCACCAUGAUGGUGUACGACGUUUUCGGCAGCGUGGACAACCACAUGAAGCGCGUGUUCGCCUUCUGCUCCAUGCUGUGCCUCAUGAAUGCCACCAUCAACCCGGUCAUCUACGCCAUGCGCAGCAAGGAUCUGCGCAUGGCGUGCGCCAUCACCUUCCGUCCGCCACGCAGCGUCACGCAGCCGCUGGAGAACAGCCAGGAGAGCGACGGGCAGGCCAAGUCCACGCUCGCCACUGGCCAGGCACCGGCAACUGGCCAGGCCCCGGUGCCGGCCGCUCCUGCUGCUGCUGCUGCCGUCACUGUGGUCGACAAAGCCAGCGAGGCGACCGAAAACGUCUGCGCCCCUUCCACGUCGGGCCUCGCCCGCCAGCCCAAGACGGCGCAGAUUGUUCUGGAGACGGGCGAGCGCGUUCCUCCACAGGCCGUCUAACAAGGCGGGUGGGUGGCUCGAGGUGGAAGUCCAAGCAGGAUCCAAGGGGAGCAAACAAACACACGGCGGUCAUUACAACGAAGCUGCUCGCGUCAAGGAAUUCGUUCGGGCGAUGCAGUUGCGGAGUUUGUAAGCCCGGAGACUCGGUGAGGCUUUCCCGGGUAAAUAAAUGAGAACGGGAAGUUGAGGGGGUUUUUUUUCACAGCUGUGCGGCUGUAUCCUGUGUUCGGGGAGCUUCUUCAGCAAUUCAGUUCCUGAAAAAGCAACCCAGCACGUGGAGCAAAACGUUGGACAUAAUGCCGAGUAAUGCGAUACAAUUCGAAAACACAUCAGAGCGCUAAACCAGAAGGUUAUAUUUUUCAAAAAGGAUUUUGCCUUCUUACUUGGUGGCGACAGUCAACUGGUUAUAACAUGUUGUGCAAAAUCACGGUAAGAAUUAAGAGAAUGUUCUUUUUGGGGUGGCCGUUAUGAUAGUGUGCUCUCUUAGCCGCUCUGGCUGUGGGUUAAGCCCCCCCCCCCCCCCCCAGUGCUUUAAUCUGUCUGGCUCAGUCGUGGGGGAGCCUUCAGUUCCUCGUCGAGUCAAAAGGCCCCAUUUGGAGUCGCGCGGUAGAUUAACUGCUUUGCGCAAUUGUGUUGCGUGACGUGUGGUCGUGUGCGCAUGUGCUGCGAGUAAUACUUUACUUACACUAUAUGAGAUACGUUAUUAUAAGUGCGUAUAAAAGAGGACAAAAAGUUCCUUUAAAAAAAAUCCAUUCAAAAAAUACUAUGUAUAUAUGUAAACAUUUAAUGUGCGACAUUAAUCUGCGAAUAAGCUGAACAACUCAUCUGCCACCGGACUCAUACAAUUUUGCACCAUGAAUGUCACCACAAUUUUUAUUUUUAUUUCGAGCGUUUCGCUUCGCCAUAUAGAACUGCCCUUUUUUAAAUGACGCUAUUGACACUCCAUUUUGACGUUUCAAAGUCUAAUCCGCUUUACCUCCCCAUCAUGGGGGGUAGGGGGGAAGAGUGGAAAUUGCCAGCUUAGAGCAGCGGAGGUGAAAGCAUUGGCAGCGAGAGGAAUCAUUGCGUCUGACUUUUGCUCCUCUCUUCCAUUGCAUAACUCAUCAGGUUUAGCAACUGAUUUUAAUAAAAUUGCCAUGAUAAUAGAAUAAGUGAUGUUUUUGCACGAUUAAUAUCUUUAACUUUUAGGUUUAAAAAAAUUACGGUUUAAUUUUUUUCCUUCUAAAAUUGGUCAAACAUCCCAAGUAUUCCCUACGUAAACAGUCUUAGGGUCUCUCAGUGAGGCUUUUCUGGGUAAUAUAAAAGACACCGUUAUUAAAUCAAGAAGAAAAUAAACAUGCCGGUUGACACCGGUUGUUACAGCACGCAGCUCGCAAUCACAUAAUUGUGAUUUCAUAUCCUCCGUCCAAGGAUCACUUUUGCACUUUAUCCCUCGGAAACUUUAUAUAUUGAGUACCAAUUUAUGGAAAGUCAACGGUGGGUUUUUCCAAGAUCAGGCCAUAGAAAUGUGGAAUUUCCCCUUGUACAAACAACACAUACACGCUGGAUCAUGCUUGCUUGAGCAGGAACCUAUUCUCACACCACUUACGAUAUGUAAAUAUUUUUGUUAUCCAUAUAAUCAAUAAGAAUUUAUCAUGCUCAAAUUAUAACACGUCUCAAUGUGCAGUCUCCAUUUGCUUAUGUGUAUGUUGUGAUUCGGUGAUGCACAAGAUGAAACAUUUACCGAAUAUGUAACGGUUGCGGGUGAAUCGAUGGUGCAGUAGUUGGCGCACUACACAGGCAUCCAGCAAGCAAAUGACCUGAAUUCGAGUUCCAUCCAUUGUAGACAUCAGUGGUGAGUGAUAUCUGGACCAGUUUUGGGUGCCUUCCCACAUCGAAACGUACUUACCAGUGUAGUGAAGUAUGGUAGGUUUAAAAAAAAUAACCCCCAUGACUGACAAGACAUGAGGAUACCUUCAUGCAUAUUGACAAAGGGCUAAAAAAAUUAUUAAUAUUAUCAUUAUUCUUAAGGUUAAUUUUUUUAAUUUUUAAAUCGAUCCAAGUGGCUUCUGGUACACGGUGUUCUGUUUAGUUUGAGUUGCCUGCUGUGCCGGCUGCCCAGUAACGCGUUGUGAUUCAUAGCCUGGUUUAUCAGCAUGUGGCUUUGCGAGGGCUCAUCCUGCACAUGGCUUAUCUAUGCUUAACAGGGGUGCGGGAGUUACAUUGAAUGAAAUCAAUAUAAUUACUGCGAGUCGCUGUAACUCUCUUCUUUUUUAAUUUCUUUUCUACCUCGCCAUAAUGAAUAGUCAUUAAAAGUGUAAUGGCGUCUGCUUAAAUUCACGGUGCUCUUUUAGGCACGUUCUGAUUUUGUUUCUGAUAGCGUGGCCUUUAUCUGCUGUGCUCUUCGCAAUUCUCGUCGCAAGCUACAAACGUCCUAACCCUCCGAGCGCCAAGUUCAAGGCGUCCCAAACAAAGAAGGCAAAAUCCUUUUUGCGCAGGACAUUACGUCUGAUGUGCGCCACCCUGUCGGCGAAUUGUGAUAACUUUGCCAAUGAUAAAAUACCACGUGGAUAGCCUGAGCCAGAGCCAUGCCUUUGGGCUCCCAUCCCACGCCUGGGGAUUCUCUUGUUUCCCAGCCGUUUCCCGAACACCGUGCGGGCCUCACAAACCAAAGCAGCCCCGUCCCCAUCGACCUGGCUGGGUCAGGUUUGUCGAACAUCGCAAAAGUGAGCGGCGUUUCUUUCUGUGCCACGGCGCGCCCGAGAAUCAGGUGUGGAGGAUCUUUCACCACCACCCAGUGCUGGACUAAGCUAGUGCGGAGCCUGUAGCAUCAUAUGUUAUAAAGGGGGCCAUAAAUAAAGAAAGAAAGAACACGCUUUAAUAUUAAAAUACUAAUUUUUAACUUGCAUAGUAAAGUAAUUGUAUUUUUUUUCAGUUGCUAUACAGCGAGAUCAUUCGACAAAUCGCUAACCUCAAACACCCAGUCGUUCAUAAAAGUUUAAGGUGGUAUAGUACUAUAGUAAUAGAGCAAGUGCAGAAUCACUGAACCGGAAUUGAUAGCUUGAAAGCAUUUAGCGCGGGGCCCUUGAAAGUGCGGGGCCCGUAGAAUCUACAUGUGUAGCUACUUUUGCUACUACGGUAAUCCGGCACUGCACCACCACCACCACCACGAAUGGCAACCGUGAAUUGUCGCACAGCCGCCGGCAUCUCCCGCACAGGCCCUCAAAACACAUUCCUCACCGGCAUCGUUUGCUUUGGAGAGGUUAGGCACAGCCAUUACUAUUAACUGAAUGAUUAAUUGUUUUGCAUGCGGCUUGCGCUAAUUGCGAUGGCCACCGGCGACCUCGGAAAUUUCACACGAAAAAAAUGUUUCCCCACUGGAUGGAAACGCGGAGAGAAUAUAUAUAUAAAAAAUUCAAACGCUGCCACCGUUCCCACGAAAGCAUUCAAAGCUGCAACAGUAUAAUCAGUUAUAAAUGGUUGGUGUCGGUUUUAGCGCUUUGUUAUUCAAAAGUCAACGUUGAACUGCAGUGUGUUUGUAGAAAGAAAAAAAAACUGGCUUUAAUUUAUACACGGUUGUAGCGAAGUAAAGCCAAUUUUAUUAACGAGAGUCGUCUAAGAUAGUGGGUCUAUUCAAGGUGCCUAAUUCAAAGCACCGUGUGAAACGCUAAAUAACUUAACAACUUAUAGUGCGUUGCAAAUCUAUAUCUUAUACAUACGGUAUACAAUCUAUAUGCGGAGUGAUAUUUUGAAUGUGCGUACUGUGACCUGCGUACGUGAGCCUCGUGCGACUCCCACUGUGGUGCUGUCUAAUGUGAUGUGCGGGUGUCCACCUCUCGGUUUUUUUUAUGGCUGAUGAUGCCUAUCGGGGAACUCGCUCACAUAACGUCUAAUCUGGCUGUCCGCCUGGGUGGAUGGAUCAGGUGUUUGACCGCCUGUGCAUUAAGAUAGCACCUGUGGCAAAAAAAACACACACUACAGUAGACAAUGUUUUAUGCAUGUAAGCAGUUGUAAUGGAAGAUUAGGCCAAAUACCAUUUGGAGGGCUUCUCUAGCGGAAGCCCUUUCACGAGCAGUGGCAUGAGCGUGUAAUUGCAGGGAUGCACCUUGAGCUAUAUGACCAGUGCCUCUGACCAAAUCACCUAGGAUGCAUCAAAUCUCAGAAGCCGAGCAGGCGUGAGCCUGGGUAUUGAUUGGAUGGGUGACCGUCAUGGAUCGCAGGUGUUUUAGGCUGCAGGGAUAACGUGGGGGCAAUAGAGGGCAGACCGGCAUAAUACAUCAAUGUACUAUACUAUGCUCCCAAGCCUAUGGUCUGCACCUUCACCAACCUGUAUUGACCAGCCAUGGUGACGUAUGGUCAAACAACCACCGCGACUCGCACGGAGCGGGAAGGCCCUCAUCCAGCAAUGGGUUGGCAAAAAGGGCUGUACUGUGUACAUGUAUAUAAAUAUUAAUAUAUAUAGAUUAACCCAGUAAAUAGAAUCAGCAUAUGUGAAGGGGAGUAGUGGUGGUGGCUUGGCUGACCGAGUGAGAUCCAGUUUCUACGGGGUCAGGUUACACGAUCUUGAUUUUUUUAAGUUUUCGUGACUGCAGGAAUCCACGCUCUUUGGUUAUUUCGGUAUACCUACGUACGUGACUUUUACCGAAAGAACCAAAGAGUACAGGUUACACAAGUUGAAGGUUUGAUUCACAGCACUACUCGGUGGCAUUGCUGCCAAAGUUCACCGUCUAUUGUAAAAAUAAAACGGCGAUCAGGACCACGCAAGGUCGCUUCAAAUGCGUAGGCAGCAGCUGUUGCGAUAUCAGUGCCAUGCACGAACUGGCGCAUUUAUAAACAAAUUUAUGAUUGUAAGGAGCGGGGGGGGGGUGAAGCAGACCAAACAAAAACUGAAAAGCGGACACCCCAUACAUUAUUUGACCAAAUGAAAUGCACAGGAAAUGUAUAACUUGUGAACUUUUAGUUGUGAAAGGUUUCUGUCACCGCACUGAACUCUGUAUGAUUCCGACCCCUGGGCUCUGUUCUGGACAUGUGCAGUGUAGGCUCCUGCAAUGCCAUGCAGUCAGUGUUUGCCUGGAUGGGUUAAAAUAUCAGACUUGAGGUCGGGAUUGGAAGACACGAGGGAAGUGUCGGGUCAGAAUAUGAAUUCCCUUCACACAAAUGGAAUGUUUCCGACCUCACUGCUGACAUCUGUGCCUGCACUUUAAGAGAUGGUUCCAACAUACACAAGUGCCAACAGUGAAAAGGGAUCAGUCUGUUCUGUUUCGAAGGUUCGGUGUUAUUCGGAAGACUUUAGAUAUCUCACGCUGAGUUGUAGAGGAUUUGUGGUUCCUUUUUUUAGUGUUGUUUUCUUCUACAAGUUGAUAUCCUCUGGAACAGCGUGCGUGUAGAGGGGUGAAUAUGUGUAAAGGUGGCUUUAAAAAAAAUCUAACGAAAUAUAUGUCAUAACUUUGAUAAUCAGACUGUUGGAAAUUAUUUCAGAGGUUCCUUCUUUUCUCAGAAGGCUUCCUACUGUGUCGUAGGUUUAUGUUUGAAAGCGUUUUUAUCUCUCUCUCUUUGAGCACUUGGCCCCAUAGAGGGUUCUGUAGAGGGUACUCUGCGCUAUUUCUCACGACUUACAUUUCGUCGUUGCUUCUACUCGGGGCACUCGGGGCAAAGGGAUUGACUGUGCAUCCCGACUUUGUGUUUUUCUGCUGUGGUGCCGUGUGGCAAUACUAAUGGCAAUGAUAAUUCAGUACUUCGUAUUGUGCAAUAUGUGUUUUGUGUGCUUCAGUAAAACUGUGAUUGCUUCUUUUAAAGUCACGCAGACAAUUACAUUCGCGGUGGUGGGUGAGGAACGACCCACAAUUCUUCGAGACCACGACGUACACCUGCAGUCCUUUCCCAACAAAGCGUCUUGACCGAGCGUAGAUUAUUCCCGUGGAAGCCACAUCGAUGUGAGGAACGGCCUGUCACUUGUUUUUUUCCGGACGGUACUCACUCGGGCGACUGUCAUCAGAACAGCCCCUUCUCAGCCGCUGCCGCGAUGUUCAUCAGUCUCGUCGAACGUCCAAAACUUGGCUGACCUCAAAAAAACAAAAACCCUCGUGGCUUUGCCGCCUGCGGAACGGUUGCCGGCAGCUUUCACAGUUCCAGCAACGCCAAUGUUUGUUCGUUGAAAGAAAAAAAAGAAAUCAUGGUUCGUGAAAAUAUCCGGCAAGCGUCGCGAAAAGAGACACCCGAAAAAUGCGGCGGCCCGUGUUAAGACGCCGGAAACCUCCGGAAGUACGAUAAACACUUCCAAACGCGUUGUUGAACAAUUGCGUCGGAAAAUGGAUCAGACACCCCGCCCCCCCUCCCCCCCCAAGUGGCGCACGAGGUGGGAUGCGACGGUGUUCAGUGGUCACUCGCGUCUCUCGCGAGUAACGAGACGCUCGUCAUCGAUGCUUACAACCCGUGUGGGCCGUGGCAGACUCCAGUGAGCACAAAUUACCGGCGGAUUGCUCGAUUUGUUGGCGUUGUGUAAUCUGUAAAAAAAAACGAAGGCCACCCAAAGGGGCAUCUCGAAGUGCGGUUACGGAAAAGUUUUCCCAAAGAGAUGUGGGGGGGAUCGUGCGUUCAAUCGGCCUUGUGCUGCUGGACUUACAGUGCAGAGGCAGGCAUGGUUAACCAAUGCCCUGUUACGCCGUGUAACCCGGAUACACUGCAUAACCUGGAGAGUCCCAAUUUCACUCCCUGUAUUGAGGCGAGUGCAGUUUUACUCAGAGUCGCUGACUCUGAAUUAAACUAGUGUGUGGCAAUCUAAUAUCUCAUUUUCAUGGACUCGAGUGCACUCAAGUUGGCCUGAUUCAUCCUAAUUUGGCCUGAUCUCUCCCAGAACCCUGAGUUGAUGGACGAAAUCGAGCUGGUGCAAAUCAAAUAAGUGGUGUUUCCACGAUGUUUCGAGUUAGUCGCUUUAUUACAUUAGUUAGGCAAAAAUAUUUCCCGGAAAUGUAUAUGUCCACUCAGACUGAAAUUUGAUGUAAAAUUUAAAACAGUGCAGCAUAUGAUGUGAAAUCAGCCCAUAGAGUCCAGGCACCUGCCCGAAUUGGCAGCCAACACAAAGUUGCCUACAAACAUGGAAGUGGAGUUUUGGACGGGGAAACUCGAGUUGUGUGGUUCAUUGAAAAGUGGGGGUAUCAAAGUGCUGGAGUCGAGGCUUAUUUAAGAAAGUCGCUCAUUACCGCAUCCGCCUUCCCAGGCAUCUCGCUGCCGUAUUUUGUGUUUAGCUUUCUCUCUUCCUCCGCCCUCCUCUACACAUGCGGCCUCCCCACCAAUACCAUCCGCUCCCAGGAGACCCUCUGCCCCAGACUGGUAUUGCCUUCUGCUGACACACGUUGAUAAAUGAGCAUUCGCUGGAGAAAUCAAAGUGGAAUCGCAUGAAAUUGACAGGAGCUGGGGAAUAAGGAAUCUGAUGCAAUUGACUGUAAUUUCUCAGGCGCAGAGGCGUGUGCUUAUUGCUAAAUCCCUCCACACAGCGACACUGCCAAGGUAAAGAGAAAAAUAACUAUUGAAAAGAGUCAGACAUGUUUAAAGAAACGUCGUUUUAUCAUCAAUAUUAUCACAAAAUGUGAAUGUUUCAACAGUGGAAUGUGCAUUUAUGGGUUUCCUUUUAGCAGAAGCAUGUCCAAUAAUAUAAUAAUGGCCACAGAUUGGCACUGAAGACAAACGGCCAAGUUGCAAGAUAAACCAAUACAUUUAUUUUUAACACGUGGAAUUUGCACAUCACCGGCAAGCGGGAAUUCCCUUUCCCAAACAUCCAAACGCAGCCUUCGAGAGUUGCGAAAGCAGCGGGAAGCAAGCGAGCGGUGCCGCUGAUUGGCUCGUUUAGACUGCUUGAGCAUUAUUGAGUUUCUGGCGACACUGCGGUCAGCAGGGAGCUCGGGCUCAAUAGGGGAGGAGGAGCAGUCCCUUCUCAAGCAGGGCCCCACGCCUGUCCUCCGAGACGAACGCCACGUGAUGUUGUCAUACAAAUACGAUGUCUGACGUCGGCUUGGCUUCGCGCCUCCGCUCGUGUUCGCCGUUCUGUGGCAGGCAAAACUGCCUGGGUUCUUGCAUUGCUCCUGAUGAUCUGGAACGACGUUUCAGAGUAGCGGCUGUAGCUUGAGUGGGUUUCAUUUGGCCAAGCUUGAGCGCCUGAGAAACAAGUCGGCAGUGAUAUACAUUUCCCUACCGCUGUGACGGUUGAAACAGUGGUGCAAGUUUAUUAAAUCCCCCUGCGUCUAUCAAUUUGUGCAUGGUGGGGUAAAGUGUGGGUACUUUAUACAUUAGCCCACAACAUGCCAACGUGAAAGAGUAGACCAAAAUACCCUAUAGAGGGGCUCUCUAGAGCUUUGUCUAGUGGAAGCCCUUCCACCAACAGUUGUGUAAGCAAGAACUACUUUCAGGGCUGCACCUUUACCAUUUAUAAAUUAUCUUAGCCACACCCAGUGUGGUCAAUCUACUAAAUCCAGAUUAAUGUGUUAUUUUUUAUCAAAUGACUCCGUCUAAUCGCCCAAUCUCUGUAUCCUAAAAAUGCAGCUGUGUCACGAGGCAGAUACUCCGAACACCAAGCUCGGAUUAUUGUCUCUUCGUGCCACCACUGACAGAUGGCAAACGUGGUCCACAGCUGAAUUCGGUCGUUUUCACCAUCGAGGGCUGCUGUCUCAAUCUGAACUGCUUUCUCAUUCCAGAGGAAAUUAACUUUACCUGGCCCCCUGCGAUUGGAAGCGGCAUUGGGACGGGAAGGGGUGGGGGGGUGUCGUCAGACUUAAGUAAAAUAAUUGACUCGGCAUCAUAUUUGAAAUGAGGAUUUUCUUUAUUUGUUUUACGAUAGGUCUCAUUCGGAGAGACUUUACCAAGCACUGAGAGCAAAGACCACUCUGGAGAAACCCUGCCCGCAAUUGAUCUUUUUAAAAACGUAGGCACGGUGGCCCCGCUUCACCGCUCACAUUUAUACUCGCCUAAUUAGGCGCUCGUUAGUUACUCGGCACAGCUGGAUUAAUUGCGACUGGAGAGUCGCAAGAGCAGCUCGUGACCUGUCGUGAGCGAAACCCAUUAAGCGCCACUCCCCCAAAGUCGCAUUGAUCUGUUUCAACACCUCUCGCUUCCCGUGUCUAAAUUUAACGUCUGUUUCCAUUUGGAUUAUUCCCUCUCUGAGGUCAACCUUCAACCUGAAAUCGGCGUCCUCCUCCAUCGGUUCUUGCAGGGAGGGCUCCGCAUCCUGCGGUUGGCCUAGCCAACAGAGGUGUUCUUCGGCACCAAACAUCAUCUCCGCACAGAACAGCGGUGCGGACACUGCUGGUGUAGUGGGUGUCCAGACACCUCCAAUGUAUUUUUUUCUAGACGUACGAUAUGAGACCGGCCGGGUGGCUCAGCGGUAGAAUGAGUCGGCGGCUAGUAGUGAGGUAGGUUUAAAUAUGCUGCAUCUUACUUUCCGAAGGAUCUUAUAAUCCGCAGAAUAUGGUGUGCUGAACUUCUUUCGCACCGUACGUAGCCAACCGUGCUAAUCGUAGGUGCGGAGUAAGGACAACAAACUAAACACAAAAAGAAGUUCUGAGAAAAUUACUUUUCAAUCUAGAGUUAAAAGUGUGUCGCUCCAGUGGCUUCCUAAUAUCGUAAGGAAGAGCGUUCCAGACGUCCGCAGAAGCGCAUCUGAAUACGCCGCACGACGUGGCGACCGUCCUUGUUCGCCGGUCAUCCCAAAGCCGCUGCUGCAAGGAUGACCGGAAUUUGCGUGGUGAUGGUCUAUGCUCCUUGACGAGAUCAGCGCGGCAGUGUGGUUCAUUUGUGGCGAACACUCUGUGCGUAAUAGUGCAGCAGAACUCCCUAACCACCCGGGAACCAUUCAUUCAUAGGGCCCCACUACACCUAAAUGCCAUCCCAAGCGUAGCUGUGUACCUCCCGAGGUAGCGCUCUUCAUCGGAGUAAAAACCACAACGUGCCAAUCCGUGCCGAGGCAGCUCAACUCCCCUUCGUUUUUUUUGUGCGCGAAUACCCUUUUUUCUCAAUUUCGGAACAUAUCGAUGAGGGGUGGCCUCAUAGAACACUCCUGUGUCACCAAAUGUGAUAAAUCAUCUCCCCCUGAUCGAUGAUCAGUUCAAUUGUUCAACUCAUCGGAUAACACAAAAAUAGUUGGGUAGAGGGUGGAAGUCUAUCUCUCCUCUGUUCUUUGCUUGUGCUGCUGGAUGGGAGGUGAUGGGCUGGAGCUUGGUGGCAAUCAUCGAUAUGAUCAGUCCACUGCCACGCUGGGCAUGGAUUGUAGGGGGGUUUUGACCUUUCGGUUGGGGCGGCAGAAAUGUUUAAAGGGGGUACUCGAUUAAUGGGACCACAACGACAAAACGACUGUGAGUCGAUUACAAAAUAUGCCGUAGAUUAAUCGACUAAUUAAUGAUCCCAGAACCAAAUGAGAGUAGCUUCGUGUUCUCACGUCUACCCUGGGACGACACUCCCCCAGGGGCCAAACUCCACCACUGCGCGCAUCUUGGUCUGCCUAAGCAUGGAAUACGGCGAGGUGCCUCGAGUGGACUCGUGCCGAUCACGCGUCCUAAUGAAGCUGGCACCACGCCAGAUUAAUGAAUCACCUCCCUGAACAACAACAACAACAAACCCCACUCAAGAGCUCACCCCAUUGCGGGCACCGCCCGUGCGUUCUGCCCCCAUUCCGCUUUUAACUGCCAGCGGGAACAUUUACGGGGCCGUAAUUUUCUUCCAAUUGACACGGCGGUCAGCUGCGGAGGCAGCCGCGCGGCCCAGCGAUGCUUUAGAAGUGGCUGUUCCGGAGCACGCGCUCUGGAAAUGGUGGCGGAUGGUGGUGGUGGCGGCAAUUAGGGCUGCAGAAUUUGUAGGUGUUGUCUUUAAAACAAAGUGCCGUGCUUUCUUCACCCUGUACAAUGAUUGAAGCGAAGGUGUUCGCGAUAACGGUAGCAAUGAUUAAAAAAACAAACGGAUGACUGAAGUGAGAAAAAAAAUGUGUCUUUUUAUCUGAAUGUAGAUAGCGUUUAUCUUUCUGAUGAUGGUUGAUUGAGGUGAAGGAUUUAGACUGGUGAUGGUGAUGACAUCAUAUUUUAAAAAUCGAGAGCAAAAUGGUUUGAUCUUUCAAUGUGUACAGCCAGUAUUAAUUAUCGUGUUCAUGAUGUUGUAUUGCUGCACUGUAUGCUGUUUACAUUUCCAAUUGUACUGAGUCUGUGCAAUAUGUAGACUCGCGGUGUCCUGUGAUCAUAUUAGUGAAGUAGAACGUCUGUGAUGACAGCAGUGACAAAUAAAAAAUAAAAAAA